AUGUUCCGUCAUCGGUGUUCGCGAUAGUGUCCGUGGAAAAAAAUGUGGUUUGCAAGGGCCUAUUUGUUGUUACUCGCGCGACGGUGAGUCGAAGAAGUUGGCAUGCAUUCGCUCGACAGAACAUUUUAUGCUCGUGCGGCAAUCGUGUGAAGAAACUGCGGUGGAUUCUUGUACGCGUCGGAGUCUGUGACACCCGCUGGCCCAAUGGAGCCGCGUAUUCUCGCUAUCCCGUUGGCUUUGUUGACAUUCGUCGUAUCGGCCAGCGCAGGUGGGCUGUAUUUUACAAUAGAGCCACAGGAUGCCGUGGUGGAACAAGGAGGUCCAGCUAGAUUAGAUUGCGAGGCAAGGAGUGAUUUUGGUAAACCUACUAUACAAUGGAGAACCGAUGAUGGGCAACCGAUUAAUUUUAUUGGGGAUAGUUAUCGAUCUCAGUUAGCUAAUGGAUCUUUGUAUAUAAAUAGCGUUUAUGGCAGUACUCUGGAAUUGACUGGGAGCUAUCAAUGUCUAGCUUCCGUAGACGAUGUCGGGGCUAUUGUGUCCCGAACUGCCACGAUUAAAAUUGCCAGUUUGCCAGGAUUUGAAAGAGAGCCCCAGGACACUAUGGUUUAUCCGGGACAGAUCGCAUAUUUAAGUUGUACACUUCUUUCGAUCUCCAGUUCGUUGAUUAUACAAUGGUUAAAGGACGAACAUCCGUUGGUACUUGACGAUAGUAGAAUGACGGUUCUGCCGUCAGGUGCGUUGGAAAUUGACGACGUUAAUAUGUACGAUGUCGGCUCGUAUAGAUGUAACGCUAGCAGUUAUGGACAAUACAGACUUAGCAACAAAGCACAAUUAGGACUGUUAACAAGUGAUAUUGAUCAAGAAAGUACGCCGCCAGUCUUUAUUGCCAAGCCGUUGCAACAAGAGGCCAUAGAAGGAUCAACAGUUACACUUGAGUGCGCUGCUAAUGGCUAUCCAAAGCCAAGUAUACUCUGGCUGAAAGAUGGUGUCGCUAUAGACUUAACGUCCCAUGAAUCUAGGUACAGUAGAGUUGCUGCGUCCAGUCUUAUGAUUAGAAAUGUCCAAGAAAUAGAUGAUGGCUCUUAUCAAUGUCGCGCGGAGAACGAGGUCGAAACGCUGGAUGCAGCUGCUGAUCUAAGUGUCCAAGUUCCGCCAAGAUUUACAAAGAAGCCGGAAGAUAAGAUAGCUAACGAAAAUCAAGAUUUAGAGUUCGAAUGCGAAAUUUACGGAAAGCCGAAGCCAAGAAUUACGUGGCUAAAGAACGGAGAACGUAUCACCUUAAGCGCGUAUUGGCAGAUUAUAAAUGGUUACAAUCUACGAAUAAACGGCCUAUUACCAAUUGAUGCUGGGAUUUUUCAAUGCAUCGGAACAAAUUCCGCUGGAAGCGUGCAAGCUGCAGCUCGUUUAACAAUUAAUCAACCUAAAAGAGCGAAUUCCCAUAAAGCGACCACCUCGAAGACAGUUCCUAAAAAGAAGUUGUUGUUGCAUCGGCAAUUGUACAAUAAAACGUGGCAACACCCGAGCACACUCCUGGGGCACACGAUGUCCGCGUUCACGCCGAAUCCGCCGCUGUCCAUCAGUCCAUCCGAUGAUCCCGCCGAUCUCCCCGGGAUUGUUAGAUUUCCUAACUCCCUUUACGAUCCACCAUCCCAUUUUCUAGAUGACACGGAGAGCUUCGAGUCGAUAGAUGGAAGCGUCCCGUCAGCACCAAGGAAUUUAAGUCUCGUCAUUGUAACCGCCAGAUUCGUAACGUUACGGUGGCAAGAGCCAGAGAUUACAAACGGAGAGAUUCUACAAUAUUAUAUUUAUUAUAAACAAGAAGGUAUUCAAAGAGAACGAGUCAUAAAUACGCAACAAAAAUUAGAAGCAGUAAUAAGAGGUUUACAACCGAGUAUGACGUAUCAAUUUCGAGUAGUCGCAUUGAAUGAGAAAGGUCCUGGAAGCUCUAGCGAAGUAUUGCACGUUACCACACUCACCGAGGCCAAUGUUCCUGGACCUCCAUUGAACUUAGAGGGUCAUGCCACAAGCAGUGUGAGCAUUGCAGUGUCUUGGGAGAAGCCACAAAUUGUUAACGGCAGAAUAUCUAAAUAUAUAAUUACUUACGUAGAGGGUGACAAUGAAGAAGUAACGCGUGAAACUACUAGUACCAUGCACGAAUUAAUAGAUCUCGUGCCUUAUACAGAAUACAGUAUUAAAGUCCAGGCUGUAAACGAGAACGGCCCUGGUGUCUUCAGUAGAGAUAUCGUAGUCCGGACGUAUAGUGCACAACCUACUCAGCCACCACACAAUGUUACAGUAGAGCCAGUUAGUCCUACAAGUAUUAUAAUAAGAUGGGAACCACCGUUGGAAGGACAGAAUGGGAUUGUCACUGGUUACAAGAUUCGUUACCGCCGGCACGAUCGAGGAUCGCAACCGGUUACUAUAACAACUGAGGGAAAUCAACGCUCGCGAGUGCUCACGGGACUCGAGAAGCACGUCGUGUAUCAGAUUCGUGUAUGUGCCUUAAACGUGAAUGGGACCGGGCCUUGGACCGAAUGGAUACAGAUCGAAACGUACGAAACGGAGUCCGACGAGAAUCGAGUGCCAAACACGCCCAGCAAUUUAAGGACGAAAGUGAUGUCGGAUUCCAUACAAGUCUACUGGAACCCACCGAAAGAUCAAAGUAUUAAAGUAAAAGGAUAUAAACUUGGAUGGGGGAAGGGAGUUCCCGAUGUCGACGUGCGACUUCUUGAUGGAAAGGAGCGCUCUUUUACGAUAGAUCAACUCGAGCCAUUGACAGAGUAUGUUAUAUCAUUAAGAGCAACAAACGAUGCUGGGGACGGUCAGCCGGCGUACGCGAAUGUGAGAACUGCAGAACGUUCUGUAUCUGAAUUUUCUGUGCCUUUGAUACCUCCGGUUGGUCUUAAGGCCGCCGUACUCUCCGACACAACGGUCGUUCUCUAUUGGACCGAUACGACUUUGCCGAAGACUCAGUUCGUUACGGAUAAUCGAUAUUACGUUGUGCGUUAUACGUCGCACCAUCAUAGUAGCAACCCUCGUUACAAGUACUUCAACUCCACCGAUCUGAACUGCAUGAUAAAUGACUUGAAACCUAAUACCUUGUACGAGUUCGCGGUGAAACUCGUCAAGGGCAAGCGUGAAUCACCUUGGAGCAUGGUCGUAACGAAUCAAACUCAGGAAGCCGUGCCCAGUUCAGCGCCUAGGGAUUUGAUGAUUCAAAGUAUCGAAGACCGUCCAACGUCCGUUUUAUUACGAUGGCAACCUCCGAAACAACCGAAUGGACCAAUUACAGGAUAUAUCAUUUUUUAUACAACCGACAACACCAAGUGGGAUCGUGAUUGGUUGAUCGAGGCAGUGAUCGGAGACAAAACCGAGUUCAUUGUGAAGGGCCUCCAACCAAGCACAACUUAUUAUUUUAAGAUUCAAGCACGGAACUCAAAAGGAUACGGGCCAUUUUCUACGACCGUUCCAUUCAAGACACCUCAGAGCAGUGGCAUGGAUGUCUAUGAUGAAUUGCAUGACCGAGACGGACGAGGACUUUCGAGUAUAUUGAUUUACAUUAUCGUGGGUUGUUCCAUCGUCCUUAUCACCGGCGUAGCAGUGGUAGUCGUAGUUAUAUGCUGUAAACGAAGUCCGGAUACACCCGAUCGAAAGAAGGGGUAUAUGAAAGACGCAAAUCAAAAGGCGAAUAUCAAGCCACCAGAUUUGUGGAUUCAUCAUGACCAAAUGGAAUUGAAAGCUCUUGAGAAAUCGUCGAUAAACGGAGAAGCAUCGACCAGCGGCGUGACUAGCAACACUUUACCGAGGUCGAACAAUCAGGAUUACACUCAGGACAAUGUUCACGGAAACUCUAGUUCACUGGACAAACGUACUUACGUGCCAAGUUACAUGGGUAACACUGACGAGAAGUGCUCGACCCUGAAUAGGCAGCAUAGUCGUGGGACCCACAAACCUAAACUUAUUACACUUCCCGUUGACAGUGCAUCUUUACAUCAACCUAUAGCGACAGCCACACCGAUCGUAAAUACGAGCAUGUCGCAACCGACGAUUCACACGUCGUGCGGCGAUACACCGUCGGUGAGGCAGAAUUAUCCUCGAACAGUAGCGCAAUACAGCUUAAGUCGAGCGCACAUUACCUUAGAGCCAACCCCCGAAUCGAGUCCAGAUUCGUGCAACAUCUCGACUUCGUACGAGCCGAUGCAAAGCCAAUCAUUAUCAUACGGCACAAGUGGCCAAUCGUACACUGGAAGCACUCAGUACGCCUCGGGCCAUUAUAGUAACAGUAAUCAACCGUCAAGUACCAGCAGCGUAACUGAUGGCGGUAGCGGUAGUAAGAGAUUGCAGGGACAUCCAUUAAAGAGUUUUAGCGUGCCAGCACCACCGCCUCAGUCCGCGCCUUCGACGCCAGCUCAACAAAAGCAUGGUGUUUCUCAAGUAACUGUAAGACCCACGAUGUCUGGAAGCCCAUAUAAGAAGCCGCAAAGUACUACGCAAUUAGCGAAGAAUCGACUAGCCUCGGUCUCGAAUCCGGUUCAUACCUCGGAGGAAGUCGAACGAUUAAAGCCUUCUUACAGUACAGAAGAAUUAAACCAAGAGAUGGCUAAUUUAGAGGGUCUCAUGAAAGACUUGAAUGCCAUAACAGCAUCUGAAUUUGAGUGUUAGAAGAGGUUGUUAAACCUUGUGCCAUCUCAAUUCGAUAGACUGCAAUGAUACAUUCUCAAUGUUAGUACCUGAGAGACGAGUGUAACGGCCGUGUUACACGUCGAAACUCUCCGAAACGCGAACGUUUAAAACAUGCAUAAAAAUAAAAUGCAAUUGGCAGAAUGAAUCGAUGGCUGAUGAACGGCCUGGGUAGUCGAACUUCCCGAACGGUUCGCUUCAAAUUUAUAAUCCCAGUAAAAUAUCGGACUAAAACAAGUUUUCUCCUAGUUAAUUUGCUUUUUUCCUCCGGUACUAACGUUGUUUUUUUUACGGUAAAAUGCAAAGUAUACUUGCCAAUGUAUUUUGACACUGCCGCAUUCUUGUAGCGAUCUUUUUACAAGAACGGUGAGUAGUACGGUACGAAAGUGUUUGACGAGAGAGAAUCAGACGGACGUUUGAGACGGUGUACUAUGUUUUUGUGCAUACGGUGUGUGCAAGUUGAUCGAAACGAAAUGAAACUGAUAGCUACGAUACAGUUAUCAAUGAUUUUUCCGUGCGACUAGAGUACAUUGAAUUAACAAUCUGAAUGGAUUCGUAACGAAGGAGAGACAGUCUUGAUUCAUGGUUAAUCAUGAGAUUAUUUUUCACGUGGUUCAAUAGAAAAGAAAUGACGAGAACUUGCCUAAAUGUUUAAACAAAAGAUUCGUACUGCAUCCAAAAGCUCACGUGUUCUUCGCCACGAUUUUGUAAUUUACACUCGCAAGAGUACAUUUUCUAUACCAGUAAAUAUUGACUGCCAUAAUUACGCUUAAGACGGCGGAAUCACGUGAGUAUCUUUAACGAACAAAUUAUUCGUUUCGGACGAUGGAAAUACCUUUUCUAUUUUUUUAUAUCCGUCAGAAUUUUUCUUCCGUAAUGCCGCAAUCAAUUUUUGAUAAUAGGUUUUACACGGUACAGUACUUUCGAGUUAGUUAAUUUAGUAUUAAUCGUUCGACGCAAAAGGAAGGGUAUCAAGGAGUUUCGCUAAUUACAAGUCAUAAGCGUUGCCUGUGGUCUUAUAGAUUUGAACAGGCUGAGAUUUCAUCUAUGAUAAAUCAUUUUGGACACUCUUUAUCGGCCUUAAAACGAUUUGAUAAGUCGCUCUGUGGUCAGUGGCUUCGGCAGCUUGCUAGGAAACUCCAUUCUCACUUUUUAUGCAACACUAAUUACUAGCCUGCGGAUUAAAAUCAGUUAAAAAAAUGCAGUUUCAUUUAUCAUUUAAGUAUCGCAGUAUGUACUCAACUUUUGAUACUUUUAUACAUUAGAACGCACACUGAACUUUUCUACAAGUUGCAUCAAUUCCGCAGCCUGAUAAUUACUGUGUACUUUUACGGAUGUAUUGGCUAUACGGUCAAUCCCAAAAGUUUAUGUACCUUAGAAAAACGCAUUUCCUAUAAUUAAAAAGAAA